CCUGAUAAGACCGUAGAAACACCAAACACUGUGUUACUGUUUAGUCUAUUAAAGAUACCCUUUUCAGUAAUGUAACUAGAAAUUUCUUGGUGUUGUUUUAUUGCUGUAGACAAGAUGCAAGGUUACAUAUCUCAAAGGCAUAUGUAUCAAGAAAUUAAAUAAAAGGGUCAUUUUGUGUUUUCAAGACUGACAUGUCUAUGAUUUUCCAAGUAGGCUAGUCAUUCUUUUCUUAGAUUAGUACAUCCAUACAUCCUUUUAAGAGGUUUCCUUUCAUGUAGAAUGUACAAACAAGAAAUUCUAUUUGGCAUGGAGAGGGGGUUCAUAAGUAUUCUUUAAGAAGACUUCACCCUUCACCAUGAAGACACACACGCCUACUUCUGUAGGUUUGAAAAGUCUUAUGCAGACCUACACUAAUCAAAUUCUAUUGCAGAUUUUUAUUUAUUGUGACUAUAAAGUGUAAAUUUACUUAAUAGGAGGACGAAGAACUGGAAACGGUGAGGCAUGAUCUGGAAGAUUUCUCAGAAGAUGAUGACAGUUUUCAGCAGCUUCUUUACAAGCAAGAGCACGAGGAAGCUGAGCUCCGACGUCGCCACCAGCAAGAACGGGAAGCCUACAAAGUCCAGCGCCUACAACGAAGCCAGAAUAGUAGACGACCUCAGUCUCUACGCCUGGCUUCGUCUCCGGGCCCCCCCACGCCAGGCACGACCCCAACGUCGCCACACUCCCAGUCAGACUCAAAGCAGUCAGAGAAAUGUGAUAUCCCAGUUGGUGCUAAUGGUGAUGCAGCCAUUGCAUCCGAUCAUUCUGUGGAUACCUCCAGUAGUGGCACAACGUCAGGAAAGAAAGGGCGUACAAUCUCAGAGGAUAUGUUAGAGUUGGUUCAGAACCUGAGCGGCCCUCGACAGGCACAGCGGCCGUCCCAGGGCAAGAUGACCCUCAACCAGAUGAUGGCCCAGCAGAAAGCCACAGCAUCAUUACAGCAUCCAGGGCAGAGACCAGUUUAUCCCACAGUGGGAUAUGCUACUGCACCCUUUCAUGGCCACAUAUUCCCCACAUUUCAUACAUUCCCCUACCCGUAUCAGAAGCUGUCCGAUGGCUCAAUAGUGGCUGUGUCCCAAGUAGAUGAUGUUUCUGGAACUCCCCCUAGUACUAGUAGUACCAGCAGUAGCGGCAGUAACAUGCCAUUACAGCAACAACCCUCACAACAGCCACCUGCCACAAGUGCCUCAUGGGUACAGUGGCAACAGCAGUAGGUGUGGCCAACAUUCCAAGCUCCCUCUCAGGGACAGGAACCUGCAUCUGUGAUCCUCUAAUUUUGUACUCCCACAUAUGGAGAUGAGCUCAGCAACGGCAGUGGAAGCAACAUGGUCCUGGCAGUCCAGCAGAAGUUAACCAUAGAAUAUUUUGUGUCUCAUCCAUUGAAUGAUAUGGGUCUUACUAUUGUCCAUUUGAAGAACUUUACAAGUGAUUUACAGCUGACAAGGGGCAGCAGUGUUUCCAGUGCUAGUUGACGAGUUUCAAACUAGUCAUCAAAUAGAAGGGAUGAAAAUGGAAAUUUCUAAUGUUUGUUUGCAUCAGAAAUAAUUUGAUUUUGUACCUCAG